AAAGAAAAAAAGCGGCGAAACAAAUAAAUAACCUAACUUUUAAUUUAAUUUUGAUCUAAAUAAAAGUAGAUUAUAAUGCCGUACGUUAAAAAUUAUUCUUAUCGUGAUAUGGAUUUUUCCACGGAGACUCCAAAGGACGAGUUUUAUAAAUAUGCAAACGUACAGGAAUUAGCAGCGAAGAGUGAAAUGUGUAAAGACGAUAUAUUCCUCUGCAGAACUAUUGGUAUACUCCACAGUACUGAAGGUCGAUUUUAUAUGACUGACGUAGAUACACCUACUAUAGACCCAGACAAGCCUAAAAUCAGGGUAUCCAUGGCUUACUUAAAGAAUCCUGCAGUAUCCUUUCCUUGUCCGCAUGCCAUUCAAAUCUUUGGAAGUCUACAGUGGAAAAAUAGACCUGUAAUUUUUGCAAAAAUCUUACAGGCAUUAACCCCACCAAUGGCCUUGAGGGUGAGACACACAAUGCAUGCAGUCACAAGCAUCCAUCAAGCAACCUCUGCAGUGCAAGAUGACAAUAUGGAAGAUUUUACUUAACCCAGUUAGCACCAAUCAGCACACGACAUAUGUGUGGAAUGUAUAUGUCGCGGCUGUGAAGUAUUAUAUAAAUCCUCAGUAUAAAUAAUUUUGCAUGUUUAUUAUUUAAAUUGUCUCACAUAAAUAUAGAAAUGUUACU